AUGGCCUUGAAUCCGGAGGACCGCAGUGCUGGGUUCCAGCACAACAAUGUGGUGGCCUUCAUCAAUGAGAAGAUGGCCGGGCACACGAAAGGCCCUGAGUUCUAUCUUGAGAAUAUAUCCCUGUCCUGGGAGGAGGUGGAGAACAAGCUCAGGGACAUCCUGGAGGACAGCGCAGUGCCCAGCCAGGCCAAAGACGCCUGUGCCUGGAGCAGCCUGGCCCUGGGCAUGCGCUUUGCCCGCAGGCAGAGCCAGUUACAUGGGCACAGGGUGCAUUGGCUGCAGGACUUCACCAAACUGCAUAAGUCUGCUGCAGAGGCCUUGGCCUCACACCUAAAGGAGCUCACAGCACAGCGGGAGAUGGAGCGCAAGGAGUCAGUCUUUCAGCUGCGACAGACACAAGCAAACAUGGCAGAGAUGCGAAAGGAAAGCGACCUCCUGAGGUGGAGGCUCCUCCGGGCUGAACUGGAGUCUCCGCGGAAGCGGACCCAGAUCCCAGAAGAGCCAGGCCUGGCCACUGGCAGUGGGGCUGGAACAGAAGGAGCACAUGAAGAGGAGGAGGAGGCAGGGGCUGCUGCUACUUCUGCUGCUGGUACCACAGGAAGAAGAAGAAGACAAAAGGAUGCAGAAGGGGCAGAGGCCACCAAGAAGCUGGGUAGAGGCCCUGUCCACCUUCCUGGAGCUGAGGAGCAGAAAAAUUACACCUCUGGUGGGCAGAGGGAGGGGGAGAGGCCUAUAGUUAACCUUGGGCUUACAACACAGCAGAGAUUUGCCAUCCCUAAGAAAAUCCUUCAGGUCUACAAACAGGGGACACCAGCACCAGUUGCAGACAAGGACUGCUAUGGCUGUCUAGCUCCACAACAGGAGAACCCUCCCCAAUCCCCAGUGGCAGAACUGGAAACUCCUGCCACUGCCUAA